AUGUCCAACAUGUUUUUUUGGACGGCACCCAAAACUGAGAAGAUGGAAUACUCUUCUCUCAAGCAGAGUGAGUCCAGUGACUCCGAAUCUGGAAUCAGUACCCUCCCCACCGAGUCAAAGAAACCAUGGUAUGCUCGGAAGAAGUUCAUUAUCUCGGUGGUCUUCAACGUUGCACUGUUCAUCCUUCUUGCGUUGGUAUACUCGAGAACCUGGCCACAGCCGAAGCCGAAGAGAUUACUGAAAUCUCCUGUCCCGGAUUUUCCGCAUGAGGUGACAACGUUCAGAAUGAACCCUCUGUAUUUGUCCCUUCCGACACCGGAAAGUAAUGAAGCUUGGGAGAAUCUACCGGGUCCAAACGGCCACGGCUUCAUUAUGCUCACUCCGGAAGAGGCUGCAGACUACCCCGACACUAAAGCUGGACUUUCUGUGUUCCACCAAUUGCACUGCUUGGGUGCCGUCAGGAAGUUCAUCUGGGACCUCGUUCUCGGUCGCGAAGACCCCGAACAACUACUGCGCGAGUGGCCGGAGAAUGUCACCUCGCCUACGUAUCAUUCCGCCAUCCACGGUCUGUGGCACAUCUCCCACUGUCUGGAUUACCUUCGGCAGGCUCUGCAGUGCGCAGGUGAUACUUCCUUGGAAUUCGUGACGGAGAUCUCAGGUGAGGCAGUGGUGGAUGGGUUGGAUUGGCCGCAUGAGUGCCGCAGCUGGGACUCUAUUUGGGACUAUGCCACUGACCGUGCCUAG